AGAGACGUAUUAGCACUUUUUGUCAGGUAGAAGGGAAAUAGGAGCUCGGAACGGGAAACUGUGUUGGUAUUAAGUACCUUUAGAGCUUCUUAGAUCUUUAGUCUUUCGGUCUGGAACGCUUCGUUUCGUCUUCGAGAAGAAAAAAAAAGAAGCUCGGAGGAUCCCCGAUGCUGUAUGAGGUCCUCCGGCUCGAUUACUCGUAUCCACAUCCCGUACUGGUCUCGCUACCUUUCUCAUCCUCCUCAUAUUUCGGGCCUACGCCAUCAAUGGCCACGGCCCAACGAUUCGCCACCCCCCAUUCGUUGCUAGUAGGUAAUUCGGGUAUAUUCUCGAGUAAGGAUCUUUGAUAUUGGCGCCGGAACCCCCAUUCUCCAACGGGAAAAAUACUCCUUCAUGACUCUUCAAAGUAAUCCAGACAAGCCUAAUCACCCAACCACUCCGGGCAACCACCCGACAUUUGUCCUUGAAGAGAACACCACCAGCUCCGAUCCGACCUUGUCCGCCGCCUCCUGUGCCUCGAGGCCCUUCGCACGAGCGGUGCGCCAACACCAUUACACGCUCGCUAAUGACACCGCCGGUGGUCCUGUAAAUCGUAUUCUGGAGGAGUAUUCGACCGAAGUUGGACAGUAUGGUUUAACCCCCGCCGCCUCUCCUCAUCAUCAGUCGAUUGUUGGGGACCCGAAGGCGCCCUCGCCGAACGAGUCAAGUACGAGACCGUGGGUAAAUAAGACAAAUUGGGCAAAUAACGCCGCAGUGCAACAGUCGCACCGCACCGUGCCGACGCUUGGAAAAGGGAAGCGGUCUUCGGAUAACGAACUCGACGAACAUCCGCCUUGUCGACGUGCGCUGAAGCGACCUCGCGCUCGACUCACGCCGCCCCGUAAGAUCGACCUCAGCCCUUUCGCCAGACCCGCGUUUCCUCUGAAGCCUACCGACGGCCCUACAUCCCCGUUGUUCUUUUCGCAUAAGAAAAGACCCCUUAUAGUUAGACCUCCAAGUUUUUCCGGAUCCGAGGCUGCGACCAUGUUAAGGAGUGUACGGGAUGGUACGGAGGUGACGACCUUGAAGCUUGCACGGGGCACGGUGAACUCUGCGAGCCCGGCGAGGUCGUCCAGUACACCGGGUAGCUGGUCUUCCAUCGAAACCGGAAAUCGCGCGCGGAGUCCCGAGUCGGUCGCCUCUAUCCCGGGAUUGCAAGGAUUGCAAGGCAUUGGUGUCCUUGAAUUAUUGGAGCGCGAUGAUAGGCCGACUUUUAUCGUGGACGGCCUGUCUCCCAUUACUAACACCCCUGGUCCUAUGAAUCUUCUUUACGUAAAUCCCGCCCUUCAGGUUUCCGAUCUCAUUCGCCAUUUAAUAUCUGGAGAAUUUCGGGACAGCGUGGAAGCGCGUGAUGAUUUUCUUACCUUCAAGGUGUGGGUGAAAACAGGAGGCCUCAGUCCCGACGGUAUCGAUGUUUUUCUACCCUCAUUCUACUAUGGCGGGUAUAAUUGGACUUGUUCGACUGUUAGGAAUCGGUACCGAUUUGUUAGUGCAAAUACCAGCGCCGCCUCCAUUGCGAGGACAUCUCCCGAUCCUUCAAUGGAUCCUGAGGCCAGUAUCGACUCGCGGGUUCGUGACCUGACACCGAAUAUUCAGAUUAAAACGCCCAGUGAUAUCGUAUUACCAGAUCGAGAGCGGGAUUACUUUGGAGAUGCAAACCCUAUUGAGACAGAUGAUUCGGUUCAGCAGGAUGCGAUUAGCGAUGUGGGAACGAAUUCAGCAAUGCAGCUUGAUUGUGAUAUGACGCCGGAGGCUAUUGCUAUUCCGCCGUCCGAACCACAACCUUCUUUUGAUUGGACUCGGAUACCUAUUACUGAAGAUCUUCCGGAGCACAUACAAUUCGCUCGUUCGAGAGAUUGGGCUUCGACACCACUUGGCCCGGUCGAAGAGUGGUCGUCGGAACUCCGACAAAUGGCAAAUCUCGUUAUGGGUAGCCCCAAUCCCGUGGCGUUAUAUUGGGGGCCAGAAUUCAUUACUAUAUACAACGAAGCGUAUGUUGCCGUGGCAGGUGCAAAACAUCCUGAUCUCAUGGGUCAGAGCUAUAAGGUAGCCUGGGGUGAGAUUUGGCCUGAGUUGCAGCCCGUCCUGGAAAUCGCUUGGAAAUCUGGUCAGGCGACGAUGAAAAAUGACGACCGUCUUAUUAUUAGACGAAAUGGGUUCGAUGAGGAAACGUUCUUUUCUUGGUCGAUCGUGCCGCUUGUUGGCAGCGAUGGUUCCGUUGUUGGUCUAUUCAACCCGGCCUUCGAAAAUACUCGCCGGAAGAUCGCCGAGAGAAGAAUGUUAACGCUGCGUGAAGUAGGAGAAAAGACUGCCCUAGCUCGUGAUGUUAAGAGUUUUUGGAGUCAAGUCAACUUGGGUCUCGACUAUAACGAAGAUGAUGUACCGUUCAACCUAGUUUACUCGGUAGUCGAAGAGUCUGAGAGCGAUGUAUCCUCAAUGCACUCGGGAAGCUUUGUAAACCCUCCUCUACUCAUGCUUGAGGCAUCUCUUGGAGUGCCUCAAGGCCAUCACCUACUAGUCGAAUCCCUCGAUCUCAAGAGGAGCAACGAAGGCUUUGCUCCCUAUAUGCGAGAAUCUAUGUCGAAUUCCGGACAACCUGUAAUAUUGUCUGCAAGAGAUGGAACACUUCCCGAAGGCCUCAUGGACGGAUUAGCUUGGAGAGGUCCAGGUGAUGCGUGUAAAUCAAUUGUUAUUUUCCCCGUUCAUCCAACCACGGGUAGCGAGAGCGUAGUAGGGUUCAUCGUCAUGGGUGUAAACCCUAGGCGCCCAUACGACGAUGAUUAUCAGCUCUUCAUAAAUCUUCUAUCUCGGCAACUUGCGACCUCGCUGGCGUCCGUCGUUUUGUUUGAAGAAGAGAUACGCCGUGGUCAGAAAGCCGCUCAAAUGGCUGCCGCGGAUCGACAGGAAUUGACGAAACAGCUACAUUUAAGGACCCAGGAAGUCGAAGAAAGCGAACUCAAGUUUACGAGAAUGGCUGAAUUCGCACCUGUGGGAAUGUUCAUCGCUAACCAUUUAGGCCAUAUCGUUUACUGCAACGACAUGUGGUGGGAUAUAUCAAGGCACAAUAGGUCGCAGAGUGUCAAUAGUUGGAUGGACAGUGUCAAGGAAGAUGACCGACCCGCACUAGAGUCAAUAUGGCAGUGUCUGCUUAGGGAGAAAGUUGCAAUCACUCAUGAGUUCAGAUUCAAGUGUUCUCGUCACGAAGGGGAGACCCUUAUCGAUACUUGGGUGCUGAUGAGCGCGUACCCGGAAAAGGAUGAUGACGGUGGCAUCAAAGGAAUUUUCGGAUGCGUCACAAACAUAUCGCAACAGAAGCUAGCUGAGCAGAUUCAAAUGCAGCGACGAGAGGAAGCGGUCGAGCUCAAGCGACAGCAAGAGAAUUUCAUCGAUAUCACAAGUCACGAGAUGCGUAAUCCUCUUAGUGCGAUCCUUCAAUGCGCGGACGAAAUCGCCGGGACCCUAUUAAAUCUCAAACCUGCAGAGGCUGGUAAGCAAGGCGAGAGCCUGAGGCUCGCGGUGGAGGGUUGCAUGGAAGCAGCGAGUACCAUUACUCUCUGUGCAAGCCAUCAGAAACGGAUCGUCGACGACAUCCUUACGCUUUCUAAGCUAGACUCGCAACUUCUACUCGUAACUCCCGUCGAUGUACAGCCAUUAGCUGUCGUGCAACGCGUCUUGAAAAUGUUCGAGAGCGAGUUGAAUACGAAUGGCAUCGAGAUGAAGUUCCAAGUCAAAAACCGCUAUCUAGAUCUAGGCAUCGACUGGGUUAAGCUUGAUCCUUCGCGACUCUUACAGGUCUUGAUCAAUCUGAUGACUAACGCUAUCAAAUUUACGCAAUCUCGUCCUAACCGAUCGAUUGUAGUGACGCUCGACGCUUCUAGCGAGGCAUUAAACAUGUCUGACUUUGGUAUUGAAUAUUUCCCAAGCGACCGUGCCGACAGGGACGACCUUACCGAUCAUGGCGAAUGGGGUAAUGGAGAAAAGAUUAAUCUUCAUUUCUCUGUUCAGGAUACAGGCAGGGGCUUAGAUGAGCAUGAGAGGAAACUCCUCUUCCAACGCUUUUCUCAAGCCACCCCUAGAACUCAUGUCCAGUAUGGCGGAUCAGGUCUAGGCCUAUUCAUCUCUAGAAUCCUAACCGAGUUGCAAGGAGGUCAGAUCGGUGUUACUUCACAGAAGGGCAUUGGCAGUACAUUUUCCUUCUACAUCCAGAGCAGGAAGACAGAUGCUCCACAGGCUGAAACUCAUGCACUACCAACUGCACCUCCGCUUACACGUGCUCCUGGAUCCUCGACGACUAUCGAGACAAGGCAACCGAAACUCGGUUCUUACGAUAUGCUGACUCGCUCUAACAACAACAUGGUCUCUAAGGCACGAUUCUCAGAAGAUGGCAGGCGGUUGUUUGAUGUGCUCAUUGUCGAGGAUAAUCUUGUAAACCAGAAGGUGUUACAGAGGUCGCUCCGCAACGUUGGGAAUAGCACCAAAGUCGCCAACCACGGAGGCGAAGCCUUAGAAGUAUUGCAGCAGUCGCGUUACUGGACCGGAAAGGAGGAGUCUGGAGAUGAUAUCUCGGUCAUAUUAAUGGAUCUCGAAAUGCCUGUGAUGGACGGUAUGACUUGUGCGCGCAAAAUCCGCGAGCUCGAACGAGACGGAACGAUCGUCAGCCACAUUCCUAUCAUCGCGGUUACGGCGUACGCGCGGCCAGAACAAAUCGAGAAUGCCAAGGCCGCAGGUGUCGACGAUGUUAUUUCCAAACCAUUUCGCAUGCCCGAGCUCAUACCGAGAAUAGAGCAACUUGUCGCAGUUCAUACGCCGUAUGUCGAAACUACAGCGGCAGCAUAAACAAUACCUACCUAGCCAUA